AAUUUUUAAAGUAGAUAUUAUUCCUAAUUUUUUCAUGUUGAUUCAACAAAUAUUUUAUGAUAGUUAACUAUCAUUAAAGCAAUGAUUUUUUAUUUAUUAAUCAAUUAAAACAUUUAAUUAAUUAAGUUUUUAAUUAUGCUUUAAAUUUGCUCGAUGUUCGUCUAAAAAUGUUAAUACAUUAAAAAAAGCAUUCCAUUAACUGAAAAUGUUACAAGAAAGUAAAUCAACAUCAUCUAUGAGCACGAAAAACUUUUUUCUUACUUCAUUAAUCUCAGGUGCUCUCGCAGGAACCAUAUGCGAUUUCAUAUUUCCUUUGGAUACGCUUAAAACACGAUUACAAAGCCAACAUGGUUUCUUAAAAUCUGGCGGUUUUAAACAAUUGUACAAAGGUUUGGGGCCCGUAAUGGUAGGAUCCGCACCCUCGGCUUCCUUAUUUUUUUUAACUUAUGAAAGUUUUAAAAUAGUAUUUGAACCUCAAAUACCUGAACAAUAUCACUCAAUUAUACAUAUGAUUGCCGCGUCAGUGGGAGAAAUGGUUGCAUGUCUUAUUCGAGUCCCAGUAGAAGUAGUGAAACAGAGAAGACAAGCAUUAUUAACUGAUCCGCAUAAAUUACCAUUGAAAACUUUAUAUCGUGGCUAUGGAAGUACUGUAAUACGAGAUUUGCCAUUCGGUUUAAUUCAGAUGCCACUUUGGGAGUAUUUUAAAUUUCAUUGGAAAAAGCAUAUGAAACGUGAAUGCACGCCUCUAGAGGGUGCUCUUUGCGGAUCGCUAUCAGUUGCUAUAUCUGCAAGUAUAACAACACCUUUAGAUGUUGCAAAGACUAGAAUAAUGCUAUCAAAUAUGGCGAUAGGAAAAGAUGAAAUAAAAAUAUCUGUGAUGUUAAAAAAAGUUUAUUGCAAUUAUGGUUUUAGAGGACUUUUUGCAGGCUUUCUACCAAGAGUCGGUGGUUUUACAAUUAGCGGAUUCAUAUUUUUUGGUGUGUAUGAAAAAGUUAGAGAAAUUUGCAUUUCAAAUUUACCACCAUAAUAUUA